GGGCCUGCAUGACUUUAUUUUUUUUUAAAGUCGACAGUCAAGUAAUGAAAGUCGAGUCGACUUCGACUAGUCGUUGAUGACGUCAUACGCCGGGGGGGGGGUCGGUAGGUUCGCUGGAGUUUUUGACAAUUAAAAUUGCGCCCAUAUUUUCUAAGUUAAAACAUCUCUUUUAACAACUGUAGUUUCUGCAUCCUGCUUCAGCCAUCUCCCCCCUCCCCCUGCGCAGCAGCCGCAAACUCACUGAUGCGCCUGCAGCCUCUCGGAGUUCCUGCUGCUCUAAACGUUAAAAUAAUUAUUUCAUUUUCUGUUCCUCACUUCUGAUUACCUUCAGUGGUGUCUGUUUGUUGCAACCAGCAGGUACAAAAACUAACUUGUUUUUAUUUGACUAUUUUUCUGUCCUGCCUGUUUGUUAUCUUCCUGCAUCUCCUCUCAAUCCUAAAGAGAAACUGCUACCUGGGUUCAUAUAUAUUCACCUUAUGAGUUACCUUUGAACUGCAGUUCUAAAAGAUCUACCGACCGCAAAAACAGCGGAGUGCCGCUGCUCACCGGCCGACUACAACGGGACCGUUUUUGCUGCGGAGUUCGUGCCGGAGCGGAGCGGAGAUAGUGGAAUCUUGGGGGUGCGUCACCGGAGGACAACAGGUGAUGCGCCUCGCUCCGCAGCAGCGAAAUGCAUCAGGCACAAAUAACAGACAGAAAACAUGAAAGGAAAUGUGCCGACAUGAACGAUUGGGUGUUUAAUUUGUUGUUGAGGUGGUGACACCUGAUUUGGCGGUGCUCAGGACGCAGAUGUCUGGAGCGCGCGUCAACGAUCAGAGCUUUGCAUGUGCAAACUGGUUAAGAUUAGGAUGGGGGUGAGGGGAAGGUGAAAUUACAAGAGGGAAAAGGUCACAGUUUGGUUAAAUGUCCGUUUUACCGCCGGUGUCAGUACCGACGCUCUCGCACAGCGCGUCGCCUCCGCCUCGAUCCAGACGCGCAGGGGCUCAUCACCUGCUGUCAGCGCUUUGUUUGUCCAUUUUGGCCAUGUGAAAGCGCUCUAUAAAUAAAGUUGAAUUGAUUUGAUUUGAUUUUCCGUGGACUGCAUCUUGUCAGUCAUUAUCACGUGACAGCGACUAGUCGAUGACAGGCAUAAAAAGUCACUACAGAGCCGUGAAGUUGACUAGUCGACUAGUUCCUACAACCCCUAACACACACACACACACACACACACACGGACAAUUUAGACAGACCAAUCAACCUAACAGUCAUGUUUUUGGACUGUGGGAGGAAGCCGGAGUACCCGGAGAGAACCCACGCAUGCACGGGGAGAACAUGCAAACUCCAUGCAGAAAUGUCCCAGGCCGGGAAGCGAACCUAGGACCUUCUUGCUGCAAGUCAAAGGCUCUAACCACUGUGCCACUGCGCAGCCCCCUCUAAACUCUAAUGGCACAAAAUACUUGUUUAAUGACAAAAACACGAAGCCAAAUAUACCAAAAUGUUUUAACAGUCACCAAAGUAUGCAGACGUUACAUUUCCUGCAUCAACUGCCGGUAGAAAACAGACGAGGAGACUGAAAUUAGAAAAUCCAUGCCACGUUGUAGAUUAGCUUUCGUGGACUUGCCCACCUUGGCUCGGGAAGGCUGUUGUUUAUUUAGAGUCCAGGAAGCAGCAGCGGCUAGAAGAAGCUAACUCUUAGCUUUAGCAGCUCCACAACAUGGCAACGCUCCUUCAGACUUGUGCUGUUUGUGGAAAUGAAUGUAAAUGGAGUCAGUGGUAGAGUCACAUUGCUGUUAGCCAAUCAGAGGUGAGAUGUCCAAACAUUAAGAAAUAAGACUGCAAAUCCUGCCCACCUCGGCUCUGGGUCAUUUCUAGUUCCUGAAACAGGAGCACCAGAGCCAUUUACCCACAAGGUGUUAAUUUAUAUUAGACCACUGCAGAUGUGUUGAAAGAACGAGUGAACUUGGGCUUUAAUGCUUAAAAAGCCAAUUUAUCUUGGAAAUCCAGGUAAACACUUUGGAGAACCGCCUAGAGCAAAGACGUAGGGUGAUGGAGGACUUUUAAAAUCCUUUUGGAUGCUUAAAAAAACCUAAAUAUUUGAGUCUGCAGCUUUGUUUUCUGUCUGAAGGAUCUGCGAACACUCAUUGUUAAUCUUAAGUGCUCUGAAAAAAAGAGGUGAAGAGUUGAAAUGAGAUGUCUAUAUAAAUAGAGCCACAGGCCGUGACAGCCGGAGAACAAAGGCCACACGAGCUGAUGGAUGGAAAGAUGAAUGGACUGAUAGAUGAAUAGAGGACUGUAGAAAAGAAGACAGGAGUGAUAAAUGGGCUGAAGAUGAAUGCAGCAGCCUUUCACAUACAGAGAGUCCCCGACUGUCAAACCUUUUAGGAUGACAAAAUCUUUCGCGAGAUAUCGGGUCCACGCUGCGGCCGACCGAGGGCCUGUAAUUGUGCGGUAUUAACGUCUCGGGGGCGAUUAUUGCUCAGUUUGAUGGAUUUUAUUGUUGCUAAUGUUUGGUGGUGUUCUGGUCUGCUGCAGAGUGGCCGGCGUGGGUUAGCUAUGUGUGGAAAAUGUCAGUGAUGAUUAGCAUUAGAAGAGGGAAGGGCAGGCUGCUCUGUACAUAUUCCACAGCCCAUUGGCUGCAACGUAUUAAUAAUGAAACAACACAAUAAAGGGUUUGCUCACCAGCUCACUGCAGAUCUAUUAGGAAUCAACUGUGUGAAAUAUUUAUUCCGCUCACUUCUCAGAGGCUCGUUGAGAAAGCUGUAGGUUUCUGCCCAGUGGCAGCUCUUUCUGUAUUUACGUCCCAGUAGCUGACCUCAUAGGGAUGCUGAAAGUGUUCAGAAACAGACCUUUUCUUUCUCUUCAUCCCCCACUCCCUUUUUACCAUCUCCCCCCUCCAUGUCUGACUGCAGUGUUGUCGCAGUGAGUCUGUGUGUUGGAGAAGCAUGCAUGUGCAUACUAACGCAAGCCGUGCUGCCAAAUCCCCGUUUGCCAGCGCCUGCUGCUCGUGCGCUGCAGCGCCGUAUAAAUAACAGAAUAAGAGCUGAGCUGUCAUUUAAGUUGAUGGAGACAGAUGGCUGUUGUUGUUUACAAGUUUAACCAAAUCAGCAGCCGAUCAGCUGUGACACCUUGUGGAAAGUUUAAAGGUGAGGCAGAGAUAAAGCGGGGAACUGAUAGGUGUAAAACACCUGCAGCAAAGAGGUUGUGGAGAUGAUUCAUCAAUACCCGCGCCACAGCAGGAAGCUACAAAUGAUGCGUUCAACAGAUCUUAAAGAUGAAUGAGCCACUCAUUUCAAGGUUUACCCAGCAGUCCAUCUGUUCUUGUCUACUGUGGUGACCUCAAGGGGGUUCCCCCUUUCAGGGUUUAUGUAAAAAUGUUUUAAGAAAUCCAUAAAAGUAAUUGUCAUACUCUGUAAUUAAGCACCACUCGGCAUUGGCCAAUAGCAUUAGAUGUGCAGAUGGCAAUCACUGAGCAUGCAUGCACAUUUGUGGAUGUACCUAGACUGAUGCAGAGUUGCAGAUACUUCUCGUGGAUAAGUACGUUUUGUAAAUCUAUAUGUAUAAACUACCAAAUUAAAAGCAUAAUGCGAGAAUGGUAAAAAUGGUAAAUGGCCUGUAUUUGAUAUAGCGCCUUCUAGAGUCCUGGAACCCCCCAAGGCGCUUUACAACAUGACCAGUCAUUCACCCAUUCACACACACAUUCACACACUGAUGGUGAUGAGCUACGAUGUAGCCACAGCUGCCCCGGGGCGCACUGACAGAGGCGAGGCUGCCGUGCACUGGCGUCACCGGUCCCUCCGACCACCACCAGCAGGCAACGAGAAAAAUAACUAACAUUGUGUUUAAGCUCUGCUUCUCGGCGUGUUCACAAAUGAGAAGAGUUGCCUAAAGCCGUAUCACUGAAGCAAGAAGGGCUUAAAGGUGCUAUACAUUUUUCUGCCUCUAGAUGGUGCCCUCUCUGAAAAAAAAUACAGAUUUUAGCUUUAAAAAAAUCCUUCAUGUUUACACAAAACAUGAAUUAAUCUUCAGUAGUCAAGACACAAGUGUUAAAGCUAAUAAAUUAAUUUAAUUAUAUAAUAAAUUACAAUUUAAAUUUUAACACGUCACUGAAGCUAAAUGUUUUACUUUUACUUGGGUAAACAUGUUAAAUCACAACUAGUUAGUUUUAACUAGGGAUGCACAGAUACCGAUGCUGGUAUCAGUAUCUGUGCCGAUACCAGCAUCGGUAUCGAUGAAUGUUGACCGAUACCAGGAACCAAUAAUAAUGCAGUUGCUUGAAAGUCGCUUCACUGUAACUUGUCAUUUCUGUUGACCUAAUAUUUUAGUUUUAUGAUCAUUUCUAUUCAUACAUUUUACUUUUUAUCCACCUCAGUCUUUUCCUGUUGAAAGCAAAGAAAAUAAAACCUGUAUUCCAAUUCGUAGCAUUUUUUUGUGUGGUAGAAGUAUCGGUAUCGGUAAUUGGUAUCGACGAGUACGCAGAUCCAAGUAUCGGUAUCGUAUCAGUUUGAAAAAAGUUGUAUCAUUGCAUCCCUAGUUUUAACCCCCUUUGUCAAAACAAGCUGUAAUCGUGACGGUCAGUUCUUACCUGGCUGCUUAAUAACGGGAGUAAUGUGACAAGCGCGCCAUCACGCUCCUGCACAUGAAAUGACUCCAGAGGGUUAAAGACUGUUUUAAGCCUGUUUUGGUUGCUUGUACAUAUUGUAAAGGAGAAUAGUCCUUUGUCUUUUUGUUUUAUCUUAUUUUGAUCUUGUAUGUUUUUAUCUUAUGUAUUUUUCUUUGGUGUAAAGCUAACUGUGUGUGUUGCUGCUGCCUCUUAGCCAGAUUGUCGUUGUAAAUGAGAAUGAGUUCUCAAUCAACUCAUGUGGAUAAAUAAAAUAAUAAUAAACAAGCUAAACUCUCCAAGAGGAAACCACCCCAAAAGUUACACUGGGACCCCCUAUGAAAAUUUUCUGGGGGCACCACUGCUCGUGUAGUGAGGUUUCUUUUAACAUUUCAGGGAUUUUUUGGAGACAAAAGCAUUCGUCCUCUCUGGAUGAGGAGCCCCACCAAACAUCCAGAGUAACCUAGAUGUCCACUCUGAAUGCUAAUGUAAACACCAGACCUCCUGCUAAUGUAGCAAUUCAUUAUUUACCGCUCAUAGUCCUCCGGGGUGAUGACUUGUUCAGCGUGGCCGUCUUUAAGUGUCUGUCAGUGGUAUUAUUGUGUAUCGAUCGUGAUGUUUGGUGAAGAUAACCCUGCCAUCACAAGGACAGCCCCGUGGAGAAUAGUCCUCCAACAUUAGGUGUUCUCAGAUUGGAAUGAUUUGUCCCAAUCCAGAGCUCAUAAUAAACUGAUAUUUCCCAGUCUCCCGUUGUACUCUGUCAGAGGUGACAUUGAUAUUCAUACAUCACAGCAGGCUCUGUGUCAAUUUCCAAGACUUAUUCAAAUCUGCUCUGAAUGGAGCACAAACCCUUCAGCGGUGUUGGUUGUGAGGAUGAUAGCACGUCCUGUUUGAAGAGAAAAUUAUAAGAGCAUUUCACCGGGGGAUCUUUUCUCAUCCUGCAGGAUGUCAGACGCGCCGACGCGUCUUCAAGCAAUUUCAUCCAAAUGAAGUAUUUUCCCCUUCCCCUUUGUCUGUGAUUUUCCUGAGCAGAAUUCAUGGACUCACACGGGGGAGAGUGACCCUAAAAUAUACGACCACAGAUGUGGGAUCCCAUUACCAUCAUCUCCCUGUGGCCUUAACCUUCACCCUUGUUGCUAAACCUAAACUUAACCUUUAUCUGACUUGAGCCUAUUCUUAAUUUUGAGCCAAAAGGUAUAAUCGUGUUGGUGUUUUAGCCCUCGUUGCUAAAUUAUUUACCCAAGCAAUCACAGAAACGUGUCAUAAAAUCUGAUUAUUGCACAGACACAGGGUAUCUGCGGGUCCUUGAAAAGUCUUAAAUUAGCUUUUCCAAAUUUAAGACCUUAAAAAUGACAAAUAAUCCUUAAAUACAGUUUCCAAAGGUCUUAAAUUACCAAAGACCCAAUAAACAAGAUUCUUUUAUUUCUAUAAAAAUUUUGUGAAUUUCUAGUUCAGCGUUUUUUGCGUACGAUGUUGGCAUAAGCGGAACUGUACACAUUCAGUUGGUUGUGAAAGGGGGCUAUUUUUAAAGUUAAAGUUAACUCAUCUACCAGUAAACUGUAGAGAAGAUGCCUGAACCUGCCAAGUCUGCACCCAAGAAGGGCUCCAAGAAAGCUGUGACCAAAACUGCUGGAAAAGGAGGCAAGAAGAAGAGAAAGACCAGGAGGGAGGGCUAUGCCAUCUAUGUGUACAAGGUGUUGAAGCAGGUCCACCCCGACACUGGGAUCUCCUCAAAGGCCAUGAGCAUCAUGAACUCCUUUGUCAAUGACAUCUUUGAACGCAUCGUCUCUGAGGCUUCUCGCCUGGCGCAUUACAACAAGCGCUCCACCAUCACCUCCAGGGAGAUCCAGACCGCUGUCCGCCUCCUGCUGCCCGGCGAGCUGGCUAAGCAUGCCGUCUCUGAGGGCACCAAGGCUGUCACCAAGUACACCAGCUCCAAGUAAACGGCUCUGCUCCUGAUCACUCACCAACCAAAUGAGAUGAGCACAUUAGCUGGUUAAGCUAGUGGGAUCUUGUGCCAUGGGGAAGUGCAAGUUUAAUGGUAACUGGAUGGCUAAUCCCACAUUUGUGACGUGGUUAGCACCGGUUCCAGGCAAUAGCUGGAAAUUAUAGCUUAAAUUAAAUUUUUAAAAAUUGCUUAAAUUUGGUCAAAGUGGCCUUAAAAAAGGUCUUAAAAAGUCUUAAAUUUGGUUCCCUUAAACCUGCAGAUACCCUGCAGACAACUUUCUAAAGGAAGCACAGGAGUUUUGUUAACAUGUAGUCCAAC